AUGCGGGUACGAAACUUCAACAUAUACCUGCGGGAGCAGAGGCUGCUGCGACAGGGAGACCUCAGCGUGCUGCGUGGGAUGCGUGUUGGAAUUGACGCGGUGUACUUCUUUCGCUCACUCAAGGGGAUAUGCGACCCGCUAAGCGAAGUAGGCGGCAGCCUUCCGCCUACAUUCGUCAGCGUCGUUGAGGAGAAUGUGGAGCAUCUGGAACGCCUCGGCAUACAGCCUCUCUUCGUUUUCGAGGGUAUGCAGUCCAAAUCGCACGUUCUGCUGUCUGCGCAGCUCAUGACACUCAGCGUGGCGGAAGGCUGGCUGGCAUACGCCCGCGGCGACAUACAGAACGCGAUAGGGAAGUUUUUGCAGAACAGCCUGAUUUUCAGCGAAGACAUGAUCCAGCUGUUGAUUCACCUUCUGCGAUCCAAGGGCAAGGACACUAUCCGCUGCCCCUACUUCUCCGCCGCUCAGCUGAGCUACUUCUGUGCGGAGAACGUGGUGGACGCCGUCCUAGGUCCACCUUCGCUGAUGCUCUUUGGUAUCCCCAGGUGCAUCAUCUCCGUGGAUUUCCCGAAGGACUCAUUCGAGUGGGUGGAGCUCAAGGAGGUCCUGGCGCGCUUGGACAUCACCGCACCGCAGUUGGUGGACGUAUGUCUGCUCGCGGGCACUGAGCAUUGCCUUAGCUUCCCGUCCCAGAACGCGUUUUCCUUCGGGAACUGCGUCGAAAUGAUCAAGCAGGGACCCAUAGCGAAGCAUCUGUGCCAGCUGCCCCAGCGCGACGGCAUAACCGAAUAUGUGGAUGGAUACUGCGUCACAAAGGCGCUCAUCACGUACCCGCUCAUAUUGGAUAAAAAGGGAUCCGUGCGUCCGCUGCAAAAGGGCGCCAAGGUCCCCAUGGACUACCACAAGCUGGUAGGCACCAGGAUCCCCCAGGCCAUAUACCACCUGUUGGGCCAGGGGUUGAUUGGCCCCAAAAUACCGUUUGCGCUGGCCACUGGCGAAUGGGUGGACGACUUUUGCCUCAAUGACUCAAUCGAGCUAAGGGAGCUCAUCCAGGACAGUCGGGAAUACAAGUGCAGGGCACUUGGGCUCGCAGUGUUCAAGCUUGACGCCGCAUACCAGGCGCGUCAGAUCAGGUUCCAGGGCCACGUUGCUUUCAUCAAGGGGCACCCGCCCAUUAAGCAGAACUCCAUAGCUGUCAUACCGAACACCUGCAGCACUCGCAUGCUAUCGCAGCAGGCCAUGGGCGACUUCUGCGCCGAGAUGGCUCGACAGAACAGGGACAAGGUUGACGUGGAGUUUAUGCUCACGUGGCACCUGAGACUCUCCUCCAAGUUGCUGAAGGAGGUCACGCCGAGCAUGGCUUCGGAGGCUAUCGCCAACAUGAUCAGCGUGCCCAGCGGAGUACAGCGGCCGUCGGAUUUGGAUAUUUAUAACGCCAACUUGUGGUGUAUCAUGCUAGACAAUUUGGGUUACUUCUCGCGCAUGGGCAGCGCUACAGCAUUUGGAAAGGUGCUGGCCAACGCGGGUCUGGGAUUGACUGGGUUAUUGUUCAUGGAGACCUUGAAGUUUGGGCUCUUUACUGGUGAGGAAUUCGAGGUGCCGUCAGACGUCGUCGUCCCGCAUGAAGUAUUGAGCAAAUAUAGAGGGAGCCUGCCGCAGGACGUAUUCGAGGUGGUGAACUUGGUUUCUCGUGUGGCCUGCCUCCAUCCUGCCACAGUGGACAACGGCCACUGGCGAGGGGAGAUCGACUACAUGAUAUCGAGCUACAUCUGCAACCUCAAAGUGCUGCGCCGCAGCAUCAAUUACCUGAUAGAGGGCUCUGUGAUUUUGAUGGGCGGUAUGGUAAGUGGCGGCGAGGCGCCGUACUUGUACGAGAGUAACUGUUUCAUGGCAAAUUUUGUAAAAUGGCUGCUUACAUAUGACCAAGAGCAUCACGACGGCGGGUCGAAUAUAGUUGCGGCCGCGAAGAGCAAGUUCCCCAGCAUCGUCGACGUGCAGAAGAACCUCCAGGAGUUCGCUGACUUCUGGGCCAAGAUAUCGGCGGUAGUGCACGAGUUGCAGAAGUACGUGCACAUUGAGGCGCUGGGCACGUUCGACCGUGGCACUAAGAUGCUGCAGGCUGCAUUUGUGCACUUCGGCGUGUCUGUGGCCCUCCACACACCUUAA